AUGUCCACCGGCUCAGGGAGCGACCCCGAGGAGAUGGAGCUGCGGGAGCUGCAGCGCGGGUACCCGGUCCCCGUCUCCAAGAGGCCGCCCCUCCGCGGCGCCGAGCGCAGCUACAUCUCGCCCAGUGACAACUCGUCCGCGGAGGAGGAAGACCCCGACGGCGAGGAGGAGCGCUGUGCGCUGGACGCGGCCGGCGGCGCCGGAGGCUGCAAGAGGAAGCGGCCCGGGGUGGCGGGGGGCGGCGGUGGCAAGAAGCCCCUCCCGCCCAAGGGCUCGGCGGCCGAGUGCAAGCAGUCGCAGAGGAACGCGGCCAACGCCCGCGAGCGCGCCCGGAUGCGCGUGCUGAGCAAAGCCUUCUCCAGGCUCAAGACCAGCCUGCCCUGGGUGCCCCCCGACACCAAGCUUUCCAAGCUGGACACGCUCCGGCUGGCUUCCAGUUACAUCGCGCACCUGCGGCAGCUGCUGCAGGAGGACCGCUACGAGAACGGCUACGUGCACCCGGUGAACCUGACAUGGCCGUUUGUGGUCUCGGGACGACCCGACUCUGACACCAAAGAAGUUUCCGCAGCCAACAGAUUAUGUGGAACCACCGCUUAG